CUGGCAGCCUAGCAAAAACGUCAUACUGGUAAGUGAUUACGACCAUUGACGCAAGAAUGCAGGUGAAUAUCAUCGCUCAUGCCAGGUGGAGGCAACCUGACGACGCGUAAUGAUUGGUGGGCAUCGAUGACCGCACCUUCUUCACUCAUGGAUGUCGUUUGCUGCAAGGCAAGAAGAGUAAUGUCAUGUGCCUGUUGUUCCUGCCUCAGACCAGUUCCUCUUGCUAUAAGUACCCCUCUGUCCCAUCUUUCUCUCGUUCGAUCUUCCAUCCAAACACCUUGAUCUCGAAUCUCAACAAACCUCUAAAACAAUUUUCAAACCAAAACAAACCAGACCAGACCAAAUCAUCCACAAUGGCUGACUCUCUCAAGAACGCUGCCAACUACGUCGGUGACAAGUUCAACGAGGCCACCGCAGGGGCUAGCAAGGAGGCCAACAAGAACGUCGCAAAAGACUCCAACGCAUCUCUCGGUACGCGUGCUGAGGCCGCAAAGGAUGCCGCAAGUGACAAGAUCGACGAGUCCAAGAACUCCGCAUCUGCCGAGGGCAACAAGCAAGCCGCCACCCACUAAGCCUGUCUCUCACCCAUAGACACCCAUCGACACACACCGAGUAUGGAAUCCAUGGUUGUGAUGGAGGUUUCUCACAUUGGCUUCUAGCCCUGUAUUUCCUAUGACCAAUCAUGAGCACGAAUUGCAGCCUCUCUAGGUAGCUGAAAUCAAUAUUCAUUGAGAAC